AUGACUACUAUAGAAAAUGAAGGAGCACAACCAACGCUAGCGGCUACAUCGCUACCUAAAAUUAAAAUCAGUAGCAAUGAUGGAGAAGUAUUUGAAAUUGGUCAAGAAAUUAUUAAUCAAACAAAUACAAUUAAAGACAUGUGUAAUGAUCUUGGUGAUGUUGUUUACUCUAUAGUGACACCAUUACCGAAUGUUAAAGCCUCAAUUUUGAAACCGAUAAUUGAUUUUUGCGAAUAUCAUAAAAAUGAUCCAGUUCCCACUAUUGACGAAGAUGAUGAAGAUCUUUGUACAGACAUACACGAACCAAAGCGAUCAGAUGAUAUUAGCGAAUGGGAUCAAGAAUUUAUUAAACAAUUUACUGUUGAAGAUGGAACAAUCUUUGAUAUCAUCAUGGCUGCUAAUUAUCUUGGGAUAAAAACUUUAUUAGCUGUUGGUUGUAAAACAAUUGCCAAUAUGGUUCGUGGAAAAUCAUCCGCCGAAGUUCGUGAAAUGUUUAAUAUUUCAUAUGAUCCUCCUGGUCAAGGUCUUAAUGCAUCAACUCUACCCGCCAUUGAUACUGAGAAUCUAAAUGCAUCAACACAACUAAGUCGAUCGGAACAACAAAAAGCUGGUUGUAGUGACUGUAUAAAUGAGACAUAA